UCUGGAGCCUUCGUUGAAGCAACAGGAUAUAGCUGGAUGACCAUACGCGCCCAUGCCCCGGGGGUGGACAAGAACCACACGGAGGGAAUCUGUGGAUUUUUCGACGAGAAUCCUGACAAUGACCUGAGGAUGCCUGACGGAACUACAGCUAGUCACCACAUCUGGCCGGACUGGCACAGAGAUUUCUCUUACGCCUGGCGGAUAACACCAGGAACAAGCCUUUUUGACGUCGACUGCCUGGAAAAAGUGGAAAAUUAUACUGCAAGCGUAGACUUUUGUACCUGUUCGGGUGGAAAUGCGGUCUGUGACUUUACAAAAGCAGGUGGAUUUAGCAGCAACCUGACGCCAUAUACACCUCCCCAAUCAGCAAGAAACCGCAACUGCCACAGGAGGAGGAGGAAAGUAGAAAACAUCGAGGACGAUCCACUGCUCUAUAAUGAUGACGUGGACCUUACUGACUACGUGUUUGACUAUGGAGAAGGCGCUGAUCCUGUUGUCAACAGCGUUUGGCCAACUCCUAAUAAAGGCAUCACAGAGCAGGACGCGAGAUCUGCGUGUCAGGGAGCCAUUAUGAACUUGACCAUCGCCCAAACGUGCAGGGACAUUUACAAUGUCGACAUCUUGUCAGGCGUGGACUUCUGCAUGGCUGACAUAAAGGUCACAGAGGAAUUCGACUAUGUAGACAUCAUAGUGCAGCAGAUCCAGGCAGAUUGCGCAGAAAAAGCCUACAAGGAGGUCAGUCUGUACGAAACCAAUGAAAACGGCACAGCAGUACCCCCAAUCUUCAUCACGGCAAACCUGUGUCCACGUCAGUGUAGCAACAACGGCCAGUGUGUGAACGGUACCUGUAAGUGUAACGAGGCAUACGCGUCGGAAGACUGCUCCAUCCAAGUUGGCAGGCCUCCCGUUGCUCUCGCUCUCCCCGCCGAGGGUCUCUGUGACGUCCGGACACGUCCCUGUAUGAAAACCUCGUUCUUUGCUGAGGGACUGAUGGAUUCAGAGAAUCUCACCUGCAGAGUAACUCAUGUUGAGAUUCAAAAUGGACAAAAGAUUCCUGAAACCUCUAGCGGCAGGUCUGGAGCAGAGUUCAGGAGUUUUGGGGAGGUGGCAUGUAUCCUUCCCCGGUCACCUGUACGUUACGGAACACCUGCUACUAACGAAGGCGCAGUGGCUCAUGGGAUGCUGGUCUCCGUCAGUAACGAUGGAGAACGGUUCAGUGGAGAGUUGUUCUUCACAGUGUACGACUCUGUCUGUCAGGAGUGUACUGAAGGAGGUGACUGCCUGUGGAAGCAAAACACGUGCAACAUCCGAGAACACUGCUUCGGGGUUGAAGAACCAGAUCCCAACAACUGGUGUCUUCAAUGUCUGCCUCAAUUUUCCAACACGACCUGGUCCAACAGGCAAAAUAACAGCCCACCGUCUUUCACCACCUCACCGACCAUCACAAAGCUUCCCGCUGAAAAUCUGACCAUGGCCCUGAGCGCUGUAGACCCAGAAAGCAGACCUUUGACCUUUAGUCUCGUGACAUCAGGAGGUCCAGGCGUUACUGUGAAGCCAGACGGCGAGCUGACGUGGAUAGGAGACUUCACAACAACGUUCGACAUCAGCAUCGCUGUUCAGGAUGAGUGUGGUUCAUCAGCAGAGCAGACGUUUCAGCUGACGACCACAACGUGUGACUGUCAAAAUGGAGGACUGUGUGUUCCUGAUCCCGACAAGCCUCGCGGCCAAGGCCACUACAACUGUGUCUGUCCAGGGUACACCGGGCAACUGUGCGAAACAGAAAUUGACGAAUGUCAAUCAAACCCAUGUUCCAACGGAACCUGUAUUGACCAUGUGAAUGGCUACAACUGCACCUGCGUGGAAGGAUACAUUGGUGUUAAUUGUGAUGUGAGUGUUAAUAAUAAAUGUGCCCUGGAGCCGUGCUUCCCAGGGGUCUCUUGUGUUAACCUACAGGACGGAGGUUACCAGUGUGGCAGAUGCCCUCCUGGCUUCCUCGGCAACGGAUUUGAGUGUGAAGAUAUAAACGAGUGUGAUCUGAAUAACCACGGCUGUCCACAUCUUUGCGAGAAUCUACCGGGAACGUACGAGUGCACCUGUCCAGAAGGACUAGCUCCGGUUGGAGAUCUUUGCACGGAUUUGGAUGAAUGCCAGCUGGAGCUGGAUGACUGCUCCCACAUUUGCACAAACACCAACGGAUCCUACACCUGCGGAUGUCCACCCGGUUAUGUACUUGGUAGUGAUGCAAGAACAUGCGAUGAGAUCAAUGAAUGCAACAGCUCGCCUUGCCAACAUGAAGGUCGAUGUCAAGAUGGCGUCAACCAGUACAGCUGUUCUUGCACCCAUGGUUGGACCGGAUCCAACUGUCAAGAUGAUCUAGAUGAAUGCAACCUGAUAAAUCACGGUUGUGAGUACCAGUGCCAAAACACACCGGGCAGUUAUGUCUGUGUAUGUCCGGAGGGAUACACUGUCGGCGCGGACGGCAAAUCCUGUAGGGGGCACUAUACCAGAACUUGUAUUCACGACCGCACACUGUUGUAUUUAUUUCCCCAUCUAGGUCCCGAGACCACGACGUUAGGGCCAGAAACAUCAAGCACGGCAGAUUCUCAACAUCAGGACAGCGGGACUACAAAAGAACCUAUUGAAGUUGAUGACUGCAGGAGCCACCCUUGUCCAGACGAAGUACACCAGGACUGUGUCGAAGUAGAGGGUUCAUUUGUUUGCCAGUGCGUACCUGGCUACUAUCUGUCGGAGGAUGGCACGCAAUGCAAAGAGAGCACAACGUUUAACACGGAGGUGACGAUCUCCCAACUCGGAACCGAUGAAGCGGUUUUCACAGAGAACGGUUUGGGUGAUCCGGAAUCAGAGGAGUUCAGCACAACUGCAGCGAUUUUGGAAACAGCGAUCGAUGGAAUUUUUGCCACCAGUGAUAUGGAGAAUCGCUACAAAGGUUGUAAGGUCACAGGUUUUCGAGCAGGAAGUGUCAUCGCCGUCUUCGACGUCUACCUCGGCGAAGGAGGGACUGUCUCAACCGUUGAGAUCAAAGACAUCCUGUACGCCGGGAUACUGCUUAACAACAAUACUUUGGGCUCUGCUGGUUCAAUUGUGGUGAUUCCAUCAUCCAUCCAGGUGUUGGAAGCUAUCCCCAACGAAGACACACACUGGUACAGGGAACCGCUCUACCUGGCACUGCUUUGUGUUGGCCUUGCAGUUGUGGUCACAGUCGCUUUGGUGGUCGUCCUCUUCAAAUGCACUGCUCGUAAAAACCGCCUGUGCGCCCCAGCGAAGUUUGGUGAGUACAACGUCAACAUGGAGAUGACUACAAAGGACAAGUUUGAUAAGGCUAACUACUAGUUGAUGUCUAGAUCUCAAUUCUAGAUAUAACGUAGAAUUAGAUGUAGUAUUUUCUUUGCUUAACCCUUGUCAGCUGGAAUUUUUUGCACAAUAUUUUCAACUAAUUUGCACGUCGGCAUUCGUUGCGUUUUGUUGCGUUUCCUUGCGGUGUGAAGUGUUGUACGAGAAAUACUCCCAAAUUGAUCAUAAACAGGGCGCUCUAUAGAUUGUACUGCAUGUGAGACCUAUAUACAUAUGGGCUCCGCAAGACGGGGAUCGGUAGUCGCAGAUAAAGACAAAGAACAAGAUUGUUUUAAAUGCAAUUUGGCUUUUUAGGGCUACUUUUUGUUCUUGUGUGAGCGAUAAGCACUAAUUUGACUCAACAACUCACUAUCACGGUUUUUUGUUUAAAAUGUUUGCAGUGAAAAAAAAACAUAAUACAAGAUAUUUAGAAGCGAUAAGAUGUUAAUUUUAGGCAGGAAAAUGUACGACUUAUUUGUGAUUUUUUUAUUUGCAUUGUUCGAAAUACACAGAAUAUAAGAACAUACAAUAGCGUUUGGUUUCCUGAACUUUUAAUAGAUGAGAAAUAAUGAUUCAAACCCCUACCACACAUAGCGAAAAAUGGCAUCUUGAAAAAUGCCGAACUUCCUCAAACAUGUUUAGAAGUUGGUAGAAACCAAAUUCGGCUGCGGUCUUCUGGUGUUCAGCGAGGUCGGAUACAGUGUGCCGGCCAAAUUUGCUUCCAUUCGUGUUGAAAGAAAGGAAGUCUGGUAAACAUGAAAUAAAAAUUAUGUCAAUAUCUGGAUUUGGGGGGGAGGUUCUGGAUGUGUGGCAGGGGCUUAAUGUAGCUAUGCUAAACGAUCAUAUUUUAUUACUGAUAGCACCAUUUGUGAGAAAAAUGCAAGCAAGUACAACCACUUAAGUUUGAAUGGUUAAACGCCCUUUCUAAGCAUUAAAAAA